AUGUUCAAGCGAUCUUUCAAUACCAGGGAGGGUCGCAUCGUCAAGUCAAAGACCACCAAGACUACCUACCCCGAACAUGUGAAGAGAAAGUUGCAGGACAGCGUUGAAGACUCGGCGGUGGCUAGUACGCUGACGAGUCCCAUUGUGACGCUGGUUGUUGGAACUGAGCAGCGUCUUUUCGCUGCCCACGAAGACAUCCUCUGUCAUUCAUCAUACUUCGCAGCUGCUUUGAAAGGCAAGUUCCUCGACGACAGCUCGAAGAAGGUGGAACUGCCCGAUGAAGAACCUGAAGUCCUAUCCUGCGUCCUCGAAUACCUCUACAAGGGUGACUAUUAUCCCCGCUUGUUGCACAAUAAGCGCCGAAACACUUGGGACCUUGAAGACCAGGAUCUUAAACACGGGGGUGGUCGCGGAGGUACUAGCAGUGCUUCCACAAUCUUCCUUUCCGGCGCGGCAGGCGGUGAAGUCCUCCGGGAUACCGUCAUCUACUGCGCAGCCGAGAAGUACGGCCUGGACGAACUGAAGCGUUUGGCUCUUCGGAAACAAGGGUUGCAGUCUGGUGUCCAGGUCGACGUGAUCUUGCGAUCGGCUCGGUAUGCGUACGAGAACACGCCGGACACGGAAUCACGACUCCGCGCUCAUUACCUAGCUCUGAUCAUUCGAAGUCGUAAGACUUUCAAGAGGAGCGGAACCAUGCAGAUGGAGAUGGAGAAUGGGGGCAAAUUGUUUUUCGACCUGUUUGUGGCCAUGUGCAAUCAUAUCGACGACAUUGUCGAGAUCAGGUAA